GAAGAUGCAGCUGCUGUACAGUCACACCCAUUCUUUAAACAUGUAAAUUGGGAUGAUGUAUUGGCGCGAAGACUGGAGCCACCAAUCAAACCCAUAUUGCGAAGUGAAGAUGAUGUUUCACAAUUCGACACAAGGUUUACAAGACAAAUACCAGUUGAUUCCCCAGAUGAAACAACGCUCAGUGAGAGUGCCAAUUUAAUAUUUCAAGUAAGUGUAAUACGAACACUGCAAACAACUUAAUUUGAAAUGUAACAGUACUCUGCAUAAACAAAAGUAGGCAAACGCGAGUAACGAGUUAAGAAACAAUUUUCUAGAUAGGCCGCCUUGUCAUCGAUUUUAACAAUUGCGGAUUUUGAGGCUUGCUCGGCCAUUGCGCAUACAGUUAUCCAUGAAAUAAUAGAAGUACGAUGUUUUUCUUAUUUAAUGUUUAUUAUUUUUUUUAUAAAAGUCUAGCCGGUUAU